GGCGCCGCAGAGUCGCACCGCCCCCCUAGCGCCGCGGGGUCGCGCUGCACCGUCUCCGGCGCGGGGGCGGCGGACCGCAGCCACGUCUGCAGAGUGAAUCUUCCGCACUUCAGUCCCCUGCAGGGUGACCAUGUCGAGACCUCGGAAGAGGCUGGCUGGGACUUCUGGUUCAGGCAAUGGUUGUUACGCACAAAGACUGUUUGCGAUACCAGGUGGCGUGCUAACGAAUGCAAAGCCCCUGCUGGCGGACAAGGGACUCUCAGGAAAACGCACCAAAACUGAGAACUCAGGUGAGGCAUUAGCUAAAGUGGAGGACUCCAACCCUCAGAAGACUUCAGCCACUAAAAACUGUGUGAAGAAUCUAAGCAGCCACUGGCUGAUGAAGUCAGAGCCAGAGAGCCGACUAGAGAAAGGUGUAGAUGUGAAGUUCAGCAUUGAGGAUCUCAAAGCACAGCCCAAACAGACAACAUGCUGGGAUGGUGUUCGUAACUACCAGGCUCGGAACUUCCUUAGAGCCAUGAAGCUGGGAGAAGAAGCUUUCUUCUACCAUAGCAACUGCAAAGAGCCAGGCAUCGCAGGACUUAUGAAGAUCGUGAAAGAGGCUUACCCAGACCACACACAGUUUGAGAAAAACAAUCCCCAUUAUGACCCAUCUAGCAAAGAGGACAACCCUAAGUGGUCCAUGGUGGAUGUACAGUUUGUUCGGAUGAUGAAGCGUUUCAUUCCCCUGGCUGAGCUCAAAUCCUAUCAUCAAGCUCACAAAGCUACUGGUGGCCCCUUAAAAAAUAUGGUUCUCUUCAGUCGCCAGAGAUUAUCAAUCCAACCCCUGACGCAAGAAGAGUUUAAUUUUGUUUUGAGCCUGGAGGAAAAGGAACCAAGUUAACUGAGAUAUUACUGCUGGAAUGGGCAAGAAAUUACUCCAAGACAAAAAAGGUGUGAGGGGGCUUGCUUGUUAUGCUCACCUGGGCUUGUGUAGCUAAGUAGUUUUUGUGUACUUUUUUCAAUAAAAUAAUAUCAAAGUUGAAAAA